AUGACCCAGCUGUCUGUUGUAGAUAAGAUGUACACGGAAAUUUCGCCUCUCUCCGCCAUCACUGACGGGGGCCCCACUGAGUUUUUUAUUUCAGGAGAUGGUGGAAAGUAUUUGGAUCUCAACGAUACUUUGUUACACGUGCAUGUGAAAAUUACCAAUGGCGAGGGUACCGACCUAGCAAAUGAUGCGCCGGUGGGCCUUGUGAAUUAUCCUCUGAAUACAAUGUUCAGUCAAUGCGACGUGACUCUGGGGGAUCGACUGAUUUCUCAGUCUAGCGCCACACAACCUUACAGAGCCGUCAUUGAAACUCUGCUCAACUUGUCAGGAGACACCCUCAAGAGCCAAUUUAGUGCGGGUCUUUUUUACAAAGAUACGGCUGGAGCCAUGGACUCUAUAGUGAUCAAUAACGGGCCUAACAGAGGGCUGAAUGAGAGAGUCGCCUACACGGCCAAUUCUAGAGAAGUACACCUGAUGGGUCCUCUCCACGGCGACCUCUUUUUCUGCGAGAGGCUCCUUUUGAACAACGUGGAUAUGAGAAUUAAACUGAACCGCUCCAGCAACUCUUUCUGCCUGAUGGGACCCCGUCACGCAGCGGCUUUACUGAAGGGUAACGCGCUCUACCCCUUGUCACGCAUCAAUGUGAAAACCUACUCCAUUCCUGAGAAUUCCAGGGUAUGUAAUCAGGAGAAUCUGUUUCUCGGGGCUAUGCCCAAAUAUGUGGUUUUGGGCAUGGUACACCACGAAGCCUUCACAGGUUCGAGAGAGAUGUCACCCUUCAAUUUUAUCCACAACGACGGGGAAUAUCUGGCCCUCUGUCAGGGCGGCAAACAGGUCCCUGCCAAAGCUUUCCAACCAAGAUUUAACGAAGGGAUGUCGGUCAGAGAAUUUUACAUGUUCAUGGCCACAGGGAGACGUCUCAAAGAUUUACCUCUGAGCAUCGAUCGUCGAGAAUUUAACAACGGUUACUCUUUUUUUGUAUUCAAUCUCAACCCGGGAGAAGACAACAACGCUUUGUCCCCCAUUUCCAAUGGGAAUCUAAGACUGGAGAUGAGAUUCAGAGUUCCCCUGCCCCACACUACCACUCUGAUUGUGUACGCCUGUUACGAUUCCAUUUUGGAAAUCAACUCAAAACGACAGGUGUUGGUGGACUAUUAUUAUUAA